GACGGAGGCGCGGGAUGCUCUGGGACCUGCGCGAGCGCCCUUGAGCAGGGAGCGGCGGGGGCGAGGAGGAGCCGCUGCGCUGCGGGAAGGCUCGCCGCCUUCGGUGACUGGAGGGGACUCAGACAGGCUUCACCUGGCGGGAGCUUCAGUGAGCUGCUGUCACCUGAGCUCAGAGGCUGCCCCCUAGACACACUCGGCUGCCUCUGAGGACUCAGCUCUCUGAAGCUCUCCAGGGGCCUCUGACUUAGGACUAUAAGAAGUUAGCGGUAUACAGCAAGAUGCAGGACUCUCUGGAAGUCACCCUUCCCAGCAAACAAGAGGAGGAGGAGGAGGAGGAGGAGGAGGAGGAGGAGGAGGAGGAGGAGGAGGAGAAAGACCAGCCUGCCGAGAUGGAGUACCUUAACUCUCGCUGUGUCAUUUUCACUUAUUUCCAGGGAGACAUUGGGUCAGUAGUGGAUGAACACUUCUCAAGAGCUUUGGGCCAAGCCAGCACCUUCCAUCCAGAAUCUGCCAUUUCAAAAAGCAAGAUGGGGCUAACCCCCCUAUGGCGAGACAGCUCAGCUCUCUCAAGCCAGCGGAGUAAUUUUCCAACUUCCUUUUGGACCAGCUCUUACCAGCCCCCACCUGCACCUUGUUUAGGGGGAGUUCAUCCUGACUUCCAAGUCACUGCACCCCCUGGUACAUUUACUGCAGCAGACCCUAGCCCUUGGUCAGGACAUGGGCUGCAUCAGACUGGCCCACCACCUCCCCCUCCCGUGUCUGAGUCCUGGCACUAUCCUUUGGCAUCUCAGGUGAGCCCGUCCUACAGCCACGUGCAUGAUGUAUACAUGCGGCACCACCACCCGCAUACCCACAUGCACCACCGCCACCAUCAUCACCAUCACCGUCACCACCACCACCCUGCUGCUGGCUCUGCCUUGGAUCCAUCCUAUGGGCCACUGCUGAUGCCACCCAUGCGCGCGGCCAGGAUUUCUGCUCCCCAGUGUGACAUCGUGAAGACAGAUCCAUCUGCAGUCACCACUGCUACCUCAGCGUGGGCUGGAGCCUUUCAUGGAACAGUGGACAUAGUACCAAGUGUGGGAUUUGAUACAGGUCUACAGCAUCACGACAAGAGCAAGGAGUCUCCAUGGUACUGAAACAGUGUUAGCACGUCAAGUUGCAGCCUAAAUCCAAGGACCCACAGGGAACAUUUGCUGUUAGGAUUUGCCAGUCUGCAAAAGAGACACGCAUGACAUAGAUGAAGAGGACAUGUCAGGCAGUUGACUCUGGUUUUGGAACUUUUCUGGAGAAAGCAAAGUGGGUCCUGGUCAUUGAAGAAAAGCAUUUUGUUGGUUUUUCCCCUCAUCUGAGCCUUUGUCAACCUAUGACUUUCUUUUUUAUGUUUUGGCUUUACCAGUACAUGGGUUAAUUUUUAUUUCCUUUUACAUUUUUAUAUUUUUAUUUUGGAACCAGCCAUCGUGUCAGGAAAAGAUGAACCACAAAUGGAAAUGCUCAUUCUUUCAGGAAUAAAAUUUUGUAGCUCUAUGUGCAUCUAUUUUUGUAGAAAUACAGAAAGUUUGGUUUAGCAUUGAUGGGCUAUUUUUGAGGGAUGUACUUUUUUUAAUAUUGUGAAAAUUGUUGAGUUCUGUUUAAAGAACUUGCUCUCAGAAAAGCACUGGCAACAUGUUUAAAAAUGCUUAUCUUUAAAUGGUCUGUGAUAUGCUCAUGUCUGUGCUUUCUAGGUUACCUCAAAUGUGUGAUAUUUUCUCUUUUCUAUGAAAGUAGCUAUCUAUACCAUAGCGAAUCAGUUCAGUGUUGUUUUUUCCAUUAAUACCACUUACUUAGCUUUGACUUACAUAGAUAGCUUGGAAAGGGAAAAUUUUAAGGGCCACACUAAAGAAUAUCUCUUUACUUUGAUUCUCCCAACGAGUACUUGGAGGCUGCAGUGAAAGUUUGCAUUAACUUUAAUGAGAUUAAAAUUUACCUAGAGUGUCAUAAUUCUCUUUUUAGUCCAUCCAACUUUGAUAAAUGGAACCAGAGUUUAUAUAUAACUACUGUACUUAAAAACAAAUGUGUUUAAUAAUGCUACCUGUGAGUGCCAGUGGCUUACUCUACUCGUUUGUAAUUAUUCACUUAUAAAACUUUCAAGGUUAAGGUUUUUUUCUUUUUAAAGUGAUUUCUUUUCCUGUAGAAUUUGAGGGAAUAAUAUCUGGAAAGGUACUAGACUCAUAACAAAGCCCAGGCUGUUUCUGAUAAUGCCAUUCAUCAUUGUAAAAUGAAAAAUAAUAUAUGGUACAUGUAACUUUUUAAACAUAGUAUUUUGCAAGGAGUUUUAUUUCUUCCACUGUUUCGCUAUAAAUCUAGUGUUACUUGUUUUAAUCCUUUAACAUAUUUUAGGUCAAAAUAAAAUUUGUACUGGCAUUUAAACUUCUACCACAAGUACUGAAGUUGGGAUAAAACUUAACAGUUUAGGAUUCAACUUGACACAGCCUUAGGAUUUAAAUGAAGUUGUUUAAAUUGAUAGUUUAAAGACUUUACUGAUAAGAUACAUUGCUUCUUUCACCUGCAUGUGUCAUGUAAAAAGUUAGUGUAAUAUAGCUGUUUGAUUUGAAUAAAGUGAGUUUCUCAAA